AUGGAUGAAAUCCCGGAAGAGAUUCGGAAUAUAAUUCUCAAAAGAUCCAAUAAGUCUCAAAACUCAAAGUUUCCGUUUAAACUCAAAACUCUUCUCGAUUGGGUCGGUGAAAACGAAAAUAGAAAGAAAAAAUGCGGAUGCUCAUGGGUUGAUGAUAGAAUCUUUUCACUAGAUAAAGCAAAAAUUUCAGAAAUAAUGGAUUUAAAAUUAAACACUUUGAAUUCCAAUCUUAGAGAUCUAGGAUUUACUCAAGCAUUACCAAGAAAAGAAGGAAUAACGUUUUGGCAACAUCCAAAUGUACGCAAAAACUCAUCAGAAGAAGAAAUAAACUCGAUUAAAUACAUGGAUAAGCCAGCUCUUGAAAAUUUGAAUAGUUUAAAUUUUUUUGGAGUCUAUAAUGUCCUUCUUAACAACAUAACUUUAUUCGGCAUGACAGAAAAUGAAAUUGUUGCUUUCAAAAGAAACGUUAUUACAACUUGGGAGAAAAUAAUUAAGCCAAAUCAUGUUUUUGCUGUAUCUAAAAAAGAACUUACUGAUUCAUUUGGAGGUCAAGCUGGUUUUUGUAAUGAUCCGUAUGCAUUACAAGAAGCUUUGACGACAAAAGUUACUGCAGUAAUAGAUAUAAAUGAUUUCGCCAUAUUUAUGGCUAGGUUUGAUCCAUUUGAGAACAUAAUAUUCAAGUUGGAUAAGUUUCAGCAACUUAUUCCUGAUUUGCGAGUUAAAAUGACCCAAAUAGGUUCAAUUUCAUCAUUUUUUGCCAAAACUUACCAUAAUUGUUUCUCAUUCCAGAUGUCUGGUGGAGAAUAUCAUUGUUAUAAUCUACCACAUGUCGGAUCUACUGCUAAUUAUCUUCAAAAUGAAGAUGGGGAGAGAUUUCAGUCAUGGACGAUGGCUCUUCAGAGUACAUCUAUUCUUCAAUCUCAGACCGGAUUCUUUUUUUAA